CAUUGAUGAAGUGGAAACAGAUGUGGUGGAGAUAGAGGCAAAGCUUGACAAGCUGGUAAAGCUAUGCAGUGGGAUGAUUGAAGCAGGCAAAGCCUACAUCACCACGAACAAGCACUUUGUCAGCGGAGUCCGGGACUUGUCGCAGCAGUGCAAGAAGGAUGAAAUGAUUUCGGAGUGCCUCGAUAAAUUUGGAGACAGUCUGCAGGAAAUGAUUAACUAUCACAUGAUCCUGUUUGACCAGGCUCAGAGGUCAGUCCGGCAACAGCUGCACAAUUUUGUGAAAGAUGACGUCCGGAAGUUCAAGGAAACCAAGAAGCAGUUUGACAAGGUGCGAGAAGACAUGGAGAUUUCGCUGGUGAAGAAUGCCCAGGCACCUCGGCACAAGCCCCAUGAAGUGGAGGAGGCAACAGGCACCUUGACCAUAACCAGGAAGUGUUUCCGGCAUCUGGCCCUAGACUAUGUGUUGCAGAUCAAUGUCCUGCAGGCCAAGAAGAAGUUUGAAAUACUGGAUGCGAUGCUGUCCUUCAUGCAUGCCCAGUACACCUUUUUCCAGCAGGGCUACAGUCUUCUCCAUGAACUGGAUCCCUACAUGAAGAAACUAGCCACAGAGCUGGACCAGCUGGUGAUUGAUUCUGCAGUAGAGAAGAGGGAGAUGGAGCACAAGCACGCGCUGAUACAGCAGAGGACCCUCCUGCAGGACUUCUCCUAUGAUGACUCAAAGGUGGAGUUUAAUGUUGAUGCCCCGAAUGGAGUGGUGAUGGAAGGCUACCUCUUCAAGAGAGCUAGUAAUGCUUUCAAAACAUGGAAUCGGAGGUGGUUCUCCAUACAGAACAGUCAGCUGGUGUACCAGAAAAAGCUAAAGGAUGUCCUCACGGUAGUGGUGGAAGACCUGCGGCUCUGUACCGUCAAGCCGUGUGAAGACAUAGAGAGGAGGUUUUGCUUUGAGGUCGUCUCACCUACGAAGAGCUGCAUGCUGCAGGCUGACUCGGAGAAGCUGCGUCAGGCCUGGAUUCAGGCUGUUCAAGCUAGCAUUGCUUCUGCGUACCGGGAGAGUCCUGACAGCUACUAUAUUGAAAGACUGGACCGGACUGCUUCCCCGUCAACUAGCAGCAUUGAUUCUGCUACCGACUCCCGGGAGCGCAGUGUGAAAGGAGAGACCAUCUUGCAGAGAGUGCAGAGCAUCCCUGGGAAUGACCAGUGCUGCGACUGUGGUCAGCCGGAUCCUCGCUGGGCCAGUAUCAACCUGGGCAUUCUGCUGUGCAUUGAGUGCUCCGGUAUCCACAGGAGUCUGGGUGUUCACUGCUCCAAAGUCCGAUCUCUCACGCUGGACUCCUGGGAGCCAGAGUUACUGAAACUGAUGUGCGAGCUGGGGAACAGUACCAUGAAUCAGAUUUAUGAGGCACAAUGUGAAGAGUUGGGACUUAAGAAACCAACAGCAGGGAGCUCCAGGCAGGACAAGGAAGCCUGGAUCAAAGUGAAGUAUGUGGAGAAGAAAUUCCUGAAGAAGCUGCCAAAUGGGGAGACUCUAACAGAGAAUGAGCGGAAACCUCGACGCUGGUGUGUGAAGAAGUGCCAGAGGCACAACAGCACCACGAAAGCACCCACAGCUCGUAGAAAGUACCGCCAUGAAGCAGGCAAUGCCUCACCAGCCAUGUUGUCGUCAGCAGCUACGCUGGAGAGGAAGUUCCGUCGAGAUUCCCUCUUCUGCCCUGAUGAGCUGGACUCUCUCUUCUCCUACUUUGACACUGGUGCUGGCUCCGGCCCACGCAGUGCCAGCCACAUCUCUAUGCAGCAUCCGCUAACAGGUGGCCCAUGGAGUGGCAGUGGCAUUGGUCCCGGUGGGAGCGGUACGCCGUUCCUCCUGGACGGAGGUCUGAGCAGUGACAGUGGGCUUGGAGGAAGCACAGAUGGCAGCACUGAUAUCCUGGUGUUUGGCUCUGUGGUGGACAGCGUGACAGAGGAAGAGUGCGAGGUGUCAGAGGAGUCAAGUGGUGAAGCAGAGAUUGAACAGGAAGCGUCAGAUUUGGAGGACCUGAGGGAGCUGCAUCCUGGCUUGUUGAUCUACAAGGCAGCACAAGCCCGAAACCUGCCUCUUAUGGCAGAAGCACUGGCACAUGGUGCUGAGAUCAACUGGGUGAAUGAUGAAGAUGAAAACAAAACUCCUCUCAUUCAAGCUGUGAUGGGGGGCUCCUUGAUAGCCUGUGAAUUCAUGCUGCAGAAUGGGGCAGAUGUUAACCAAAGAGAUAUCCGAGGCCGGGCUCCCUUGCAUCAUGCCACGUACCUAGGGCAUACUGGCCAGGUCUGCUUGUUCCUCAAGCGAGGGGCAAAUCAGCAUGCGGAGGAUGGCGAUGGGCAGGACCCGCUCAGUAUUGCUGUCCAGGCAGCCAAUGCAGACAUAGUUACCUUGCUGCGUCUGGCUCGGAUGAACGAGGAGAUGCGAGAAGCAGAGGGCCCCUUUGGACAACCAGGUCAAUAUCCCAGCAACAGCCCCACUGAGCUGCAGUACAGGAAGUGUAUACAGGAGUUCAUCAGCCUUAAUAUAGAUGAGUGUUAGUGACAACUCCCCCACCUCCCCUUUGCUGUCUUGAAGUUGGGCUGAAUUUCUAGAAGCCCCGAGAGCCCCAUCCUUGGUAUAUUGGUGUUUCUUGCAGACUGGUCUGUUUUUGAUGCCUGUACAUAUAGGUUGAGAUGCACACAGGAGGGAAAAGGGGUCUUUCCUGUUAGCGUUAAGUUCUCAUGCUUGACUACUGGAUGGUUGAUUUUGUGUAGGAGACUCCUAGGGCAUAACCACAGACCAUGGCGUGUGGACUUGAGUGUGUGAAAAGUAUGGGAGGCGAGUUUAGCAUUUAAAAAAAAAAAAAAAUUAAAAAAAAGAGGAGAAGAAAAGGAAACCCUCUAUCACCAGGAGAAAGCCACCAACAAUACGAUCAGACGAACCUGUCUCUGCUUCAGUGUAGUUACCAUGCACUGAGUUCUCGUCUGAACAGUUUGUUUGGAAGGGAUUCUGAUGUGGAGCCCUCUCCUGGCAGCGUGACCAGCAGCCUGCUCUCUCACGGGACUGCUGCAGCGUCUGGGAGCUGCUGGGGCUGGUUUAGAAAACUAAAAGAUGACCUCUAAGUCAGGAACAGGCUGUUUUGUAGAGCAGAGAUAUUUUGCUCCAGAAGGCACAACAGAAGGGGUAGGGUUGAGAGUGAUGGCUACUCACCUUAAUUGCUCUCAGGACUAUACCAGCCAUGCUCCCCUUUUUUUGCCCGUGGUGGUUAGCUGGUCAAAGCCAUAGCUCGCCUGCUUCCUGGGCCAAGAUGCAAUCUGCACAGUGUUACGGAAGCAGCAGUGCUAAUUUUUUGAGGCUGGGAGAAGCUUGUCGCUGGCGAUGGGCUUUGUGUCAGGGAAGAAAAGCCACGUCCAACUCCCACUGCCUAAAUGGCUGGCUGCACGAUGCAAUUUGACUUUGGUUCAGUUGGUUUCUUGGUCACUUCAGAUUUCUGACUUAGCAUCUCUGUGAAGGAGACUUCCACCUGCAUGUGUACCCCUCUGUGCUCUCCCCCCGCAUGCUGAAGCAUGUGAGUAGGGCAUCUCAGCAGCUGGCCCAGGGGCUUUUGAGUUCCCCAAUUCCAAUGACCGGCAGAAUCUUCUUCUUUUUGU